AGACGAGACCGUCUUCAGCUAUUGUUUCAGCACACAUAUCGGAGGCUUGUGCAAUCGUGUCGGUCUGCGUCGCUUCAAUCUGUUUCAAAAUGUCUUGUGCAGUGUGUAGAUAACUUAGAUGGGAAGUACUCAUAAUGUUGUUGUCUGCUGUAGACCUCAAUCGCUUAAUUUUUGAAUUUAUAAAGUGUAACGCGUAUAUCCAUAUCGCUAAAAUACCAGCAUCUAUUCUAUCACAAUUCUGACAUGUUU